AUGAUGAAGACGCUACACGUCUUUUUGGCCCUAGCGCUCCUCGCCCUGGGCUCAGGAGAAGAAGGUGCCCGUUUGCUGGCGUCCAAGUCCCUGCUCAACCGUUACGCCGUUGAAGGACGAGACCUGACCCUGCAGUACAAUAUUUACAACGUGGGAUCCAGUGCCGCUCUUGAGGUGGAGCUGUCGGAUGAUUCUUUCCCUCCCGAGGACUUUGGAAUCGUCUCGGGAUUGCUGAACGUGAAAUGGGACAGGAUUGCACCAGCCAGCAACGUGUCCCACACUGUUGUGCUUCGUCCUCUGAAGGCCGGCUACUUUAACUUCACGUCUGCUUCGGUUAGCUAUUUGGCUCAGGAGGGUGGACAAGUUGUGGUGGGCUACACCAGCGCCCCCGGUCAGGGAGGCAUCCUGGCUCAGAGGGAGUUUGACCGCCGCUUUUCCCCGCAUUAUCUGGACUGGGCUGCUUUCGGUGUAAUGACCCUCCCUUCCAUCGGAAUCCCGCUCCUGCUCUGGUAUUCCAGUAAGAAGAAGUACGACCCGCCCAAGCCUAAAAAGAACUAA